UCUUCCGUUGCGGCAGAAAAAGAUGUCUGCGCCCUUUUGAAUGUCAUGUUGUUGAUUGUUUCCAGGUAGUUGCGUGUGUUUAAGCGCUAUUACAUAAACGUUACGUUUACAUUGAAUAAUAUUAUAGUUGUAUGUUAAUGAAGUUACCGGAUUUCUAAGAGUUGUUUGUCAGUCAUGGUCCAUUUAUCUUCUUUCCUGCUCAAAAAAUAUCAGGGUGGGUAUGUGGUCAUCAGGUUGGCACUAGGAGGUGCCACUAACAGACCCUUCUACCGCAUUGUAGCUGCUUAUAAUAAACGGUCAAGAGAUGGCAAAUAUAUUGAGCAACUGGGCUCAUAUGACCCUCUCCCAAACAUACACAAUGAAAAACUUGUCGCCUUCAAUUACGAUAGAAUCAAGUACUGGAUUGCUUGUGGGGCUCAUACAACAAGACCGGUGGCCAAACUUCUAGGAUUGGCUGGAUUUUUCCCACUGCAUCCAAUGACAAUUACAGAAGCGGAGCGGAGACAAAAGAUGGCUUUCACAGAAGUUAAAACAGACAGUCAAGAACAAGCAGAGCAAAAGGAGGCGCUGUAAAUGCAAAAUAAAGUGUUCUCAGUAGUGGUGAUGUGGCAUUUUAUUUCAGAUGCUGCUUGAUUUAAAAUUUCAUUAUUACCCAAUACAGUAGAGCUUAGUUUGAAAGAUGAAGGGAUUUUUUUAAAUGAAAGUGAAUUUUAUAAUCAUUAAUCUGAUGCAAACACGUUAUCUGGAUCUGUUUGUUACUGGGAGCCAGUGAUUGGCUUACAAAAGAAUUUAAUAAAUGUUGUCUGAGGAACCUAGACUGAGAGUUGAAAUUAACAGUCUUCCUUGUUUAAUUUCAGGUCAUGUGAUAAAAACCUAUAAAUGUUACACAAUUGUGUAACUCCUUUACAGCAAACAAUGUACUGAUGUAUCUGUAUACACCCAUGUACCGGUAUUAAAUAAAUGUAAUAUGUAUCAGA